CACGGGCUAUGAAGGCCUAGUAGCUGCGCUGGGCCAACGUGGUGUGACCGUAGAGACGUUGAAUGUGGGCCGAGGCGACUGCAAUGGGCAGAGGCCGGUAGACGAUUCUCUCUGGAGUGACGAAGUACAAGCACCGUCCUGCAUACCUAUGUAGAAAUAGUGCCCAGUCAACGUAUCGCAAUAUUCUACACGAACAACAGUGCCUGGAAUAAAUCGAGAGAACAAUGGGCUGGUCUUUCUCCAUAUGGAAGCCUCAAUUUCGUGACGCGGUCUGAAUUUACGACUUGAUUCCUGUCCUCUCGACGCGCGCGACAUGGCACCCGCGGCCUUCCCCCGCGCCAAAGUCCUCUUUCUCGCUGAGAACUCUGUCCAAUCGCUGCUCUCGUCAACCCUUGUCUCCCAAGUCGAAGCUCUUCUCGGAAGUCACCGCAUCCAGGACGCCGCGGAUCUCGCCGACCAGCAGAGGAAGAAGGUCGAGGGGAACAUCAGGAUCAAUGAAGACGAGCUCGACGAGCUGCGCUACGUGUACCAGCGCAUAGGAUGGCAGCUGUUCUCCGAGACGCUCUUCGAGGACGCGGGGAAGAACCUCUUCAACGGCGAUACAGACCCACGACUACUCAUCAGCUACUACCCUGAGCUACGCGGGAAUCUGUUCACGAAGGGUGAUACCCUCGACGUCUUCAGCGGGGUGGCGGAACGUAUGCCGACCGAGACCAGUGUGGACGAUAUCAUCAGGAACUACUCCCCGCACCUCUCGCCGAACACGGCGACCGCGCCCCCGACGGUCGAGCUGCGCGCGAUCAUGCGCACCGCUGCGCAGGACAUGCUCGAGAGCUACCUGCGCAAGUGCUGGAUCCGCCGCUGCGUCGACCCGAAGGCGGCGCCGGGGAGCCAUCCGGCGUAUCCGGUUGUGGAUACAGUGUACGCAAAGGUCCUGGCUGUCAAUGGAAAGACGCAGGAGCUCGCUGCACUCAUCCAGGAUGAGCGUAGCGAGAUCGUCGCCACGGAGAUUGAGCCAAUUUUGGUUGAGCAUAGCCAGUUUGACGCGCUCACGACGCUGUACCAACGACACGGGGACGCGCGGAAGCUGCUCGAGCUCUACUCGAAGAUCGCGGAGGGCGAGUACAGGACGGACGAAAUACAGGACCCGCUCGAGUCCAUGAUGACGCUACUCGCCGCCCAGAAGGAUCGUUCACUGACACAACAAUGGGCACUCUGGAUGAUCAAACGAGAUCCGGAACGAGGAUUGAAACUCCUCAUGCCCGCCCGCGAUACUGGAAAGCGCCGUGAUCGACCCGAGGAAGACCUUGCUCUACUGGAGCAGGUUACGGAAGCCAGCAAGGAGGCAGGCCAGAUGUUCUUGGAGUACUUGGUACUGCAAAGACGAAGUUCGAACCGCGAGCUACACUCCCGGUUGGCGAGCGUGCUCGUCGACAACCUCCUCGACGCAACGUCAGACUCGGGCACGUUGAGGUUAUGGCAAGCAAAAGCCCGCUCCUUCGCCUCCAGCCACGCCGACUCCUCCUUCCUCCGCUACUUCGCCUCGACCACGCCCGAAUCGCGGACAAAGCACGAGCGCUUGAAGGCUGCCUUCUUCCUGCAGCGAUCGGACCUGUAUGAUACGGCCGCUAUGAAGGCGUGCCUAGAGGGCUCACCACAUGCAUCGCUGUUCGCCGUGGAGAUUGCAAUACUGGAUGGCAAGCUCGCCAACCACCGCCAAGCCCUCACCCGCCUCGUCCACGAUGCACACGACGAGAUCUCCGCAGAGACGUAUUGCGCGCUCGGCGGCGAGGUCAUACCACCGAAGAUGGUGCAGGCAACCGCGACCGACUCACUAGGCCCGGUGUGGUCAGCAUGGGCCGCGCGCGGGACGCCGGGGGCGGGGAAGAGGGGCACUGUUGAUGCAGCCGGAGGGCGGAAUGGAACACCGGGAAAGUCGGGCGUUGACGAGGGCUUGCGGAAACAGCUUUUGCAAAUCUUGUUGGAGGUGUACGUCGGGGAGAAGGAUGCGGAGUCGGAGAAGCGUGCGACGCGGCUACUGGAUGCGCAGGGGGUGAACUUGGAGGUGGUGGAUGUCUUGACACUAGUACCUCCGGCGUGGCCGUUGAAGACGCUGUCGACAUUCUUGACGCGGUCGUUCCGGCGCACACUGCAUGCGCGGCAUGAGGGCAAGCUGGUCAAGGCGAUCAGCGCGGGACAGAAUCUAGAGGUUAAAGAUCGCAGCUGGCAUGUCAUACGCGAGCGAGGCGCUCUGGUCGAGGAGGCUGGGGAUGAGGGCGGUGAUGAGGGAGAGGGUAAUGGUGAGGUUGUUGACGAGAAGGCUGCGCUCGCCGAAGCGGGUGAUGUAGACGGACACGUCGAGCUGGGCGAAGUGGGAUACACUGAACCUCAGACGGCGGACGUGCACGUAUAGUAAUAGUAUCUACUAAUACCUUUCUGAUUGACAUGCAUAUCAAUAUCGUUUCGGAGAGCUCG